AUGUCGCCCAGCGCAACGGAACCUACUCCCGCCCCGGCCCCCGCACCGGCUCCGGCCUCGGCGCUGGACUCGGGAAAGUCGACAGGCAAGGUGAAGAGACUCCAUCAGAUCCCCGUCCCGGAGUCGAAAGAGGCCGCACGUCAAUGGCAGCUGGAACAGAUGGCCGCUGCCUUCCGCAUCUUUGCAAAGCUGGGCUUCUCGGACGGUAGCAGUGGGCACAUCAGUCUCAGAGACCCCGUAAGACCAGAGACGUUCUGGAUCAAUCCGUAUGGAGUGCAUUUCGGCGUUCUCAAGGUGUCGGACAUGGUCCACAUUGAUGAGGACGGCAACCGUCUGGGCGGCGCCGAUAAGCCCGUGAACACGGCCGGCUUCAUGAUCCACUCGGCCCUGCACAAGAGGCGACCGGACAUCAACGCUGCCUGCCACAUGCACAGCCCCUAUGGUCGGGCAUGGAGCACUUUCGGCAGACCAAUCGAGAUGCUGAAUCAAGACUCCUGCAUGUUCUACAACGAUCUCUCCGUGUACCCCUCAUUCGGGGGUGUCGUGCUCGCCAAGGAAGAAGGCCAGCGCAUCGCCGACAACCUUGGCCCCACGAACAAGAACCUCAUUCUCCAGAACCAUGGCCUUCUUACUUGCGGUGGCACGAUCGGCGAGGCCGCUGCAUUCUUCAUCGCUCUUGAGCGUGCCUGUCAAUCGCAGCUUCUGAUUGAGUCCGCCAUUGCGCCUGGAAGCAAUGGUGCCGCAAGUGGUCUGAACAAGACUUUGGUCGAUGAUGAGGAGGCCCAGUACACCAAGGACGGUACCGGGACACCUGAAGUCAUGUACAUGCAGUUCGUUCCGGAGUACCAGUUGAUCUUGAAGGAGUCUGGCGGCGACUUCCUGUUGUAA